AAAAACUGCGCUCAGUUGAGUUUCGCAGCCGGAUCUAGUAGUACGCAGUUAACGGUAUAAUGUUAAAGUGUUAGGUGAUGAUGAAAAAUUAGUACACGCGAAUUGUAAUAAAAUUUAAAGCGGUUUCAACCAGUUCCGCACUUACCGCGUGUGUUUAAUUUUUCCUUUAACUUUGUUACUGGCGUACUUCAAAACAGCAAUACCACCGGCGCUGCAAAAGAAUACAAGCCAUUUGUGAAUUGAGGAGCUGAGGUUAUUUGUUAGGUAGCGAAGCAAAGCAUCAGCACUAGAAGAACCUCUGAGUCAAUCUUAUUACAAUGGAGACGCGUCAUGAAAAUCCAGCUUUCAUAGGAGAUGACGGAAAAACUGCGAAUGGACGCCCUAAACCCCAACAAAUGUCGGAUGAUGAAUCGAGUCUGCCUACGAAGAAAACUCUGGAAAACGAACGCGCCACAUGGGGGAAAGGGGUUGAGUUUCUCUUCUCUUGUAUAGCUAUGUCUGUUGGCCUGGGUAACGUCUGGCGGUUUCCCUUUACAGCACUAGACAAUGGGGGAGGAGCUUUCUUGAUCCCUUAUUUAAUCGUAUUGUUCUUAGUCGGCAAACCAAUUUACUAUCUGGAAAUGGCGAUCGGCCAGUUCUCAAGUUGCGGUUCCGUCAAAGUUUUCAAUUUGUGUCCAGCGAUGAGAGGUAUUGGCAUUGGUCAAGUAUUGUCAAUUUCGAUUGUGACCACCUACUAUGUCGCCAUUAUGGGCAUGAUUGUACGUUAUCUGUUUGAAUCAUUCAAAUCACCAUUACCUUGGACAGUUUGCGAAGAUGCAUGGAAUGAAACCUGUGUUGCAUCCGGAACAAUGGCCACACCAGAGCAUGGUAUUGAGUUGUCGACUGGAGCGUCGCUGCUUGACAUUGGCAAAGCCGUUGUUGCAAACAUUAGUGGAACAUUGAAUAAUAUCAGUGAUAGUGUUAGUGUUAUGCACCAUAAUGCCAAAACAAUAUCAUCUGCAGAGUUAUAUUUUAACAAAAAUGUGUUGAGGGAGAAAAUAAACAUCGAUGACGGGAUCGGUUUGCCGAACUGGGAACUAGUGUUGGGUCUCUUGGUAUCUUGGACAACUAUAUUUAUGGUCAUUAGAAGGGGCGUAAAAAGUUCCGGCAAAGCUUCAUACUUUUUGGCGCUCUUUCCUUAUUUGAUAAUGGCAGUUUUGUUAGUACGGGCCGUAACAUUACCCGGUUCCGUAGAUGGUAUAAUCUAUUUCAUUAAACCCAAUUGGGGAAAAAUACUGGAUCCUAAGGUGUGGUACGCGGCAGUCACACAAUGCUUCUACUCACUCUCGGUCUGCUUCGGCAACAUAAUCAUGUACGCAUCGUACAAUAAGUUCGAACACAACAUUCACCGGGACGCAAUGAUUGUGACCACUCUGGACACUUUCACUUCGCUAAUUUCGGGUUUCACCAUAUUUGGCAUUCUGGGUAAUUUGGCUUACGAAAUCGGUACUGAUGACAUCGGCACCGUGGUGAAGGGUGGCACAGGCUUGGCGUUCAUUUCAUAUCCAGAUGCGAUUUCCAAGUUCAAAACUUUGCCACAAAUAUUUUCGGUCUUGUUCUUCCUUAUGCUUUUUAUCCUUGGCAUUGGCUCAAAUAUUGCAAUGACGUCGUGCACAGUUACAGCGAUACGCGACAGUUUUCCACAUAUUAAGCAGUGGCACUGUGCUUUGGCUAUAUCUAUAAUAAGUUUCUUUAUUGGAUUGGCCUACGUCACACCGGGAGGUCAAUUUAUUUUGACUUUAGUCGAUUUUUACGGCGCUUCAAUGAUUGCAUUAAUACUGGGCAUAUUGGAGCUCUAUGUUCUGGGUUGGAUUUAUGGAGUGGAUCGACUUUGUAAGGAUAUAGAAUUUAUGAUUGGCCACAAAGUGAGUCGAUACUGGCGUUUAUGUUGGGCGUUCAUCACACCCGGAAUAAUGACGUUGAUUCUGAUUUACUUCUUUGCUACAUACCAAUCACUCACCUACAACAAUGUUGAAUAUCCGAAUUGGGCUUAUGCGCUUGGCUGGACAAUUACUGCCCUGGGUGUAAUACAAGUUCCAUUAUGGGCCAUAGUGGCGAUCGUGCGCCAACCUGGCGAAAGUGUAAAUGAGAAAGUUCGUGGUGCCUUCCGACCUGUACGUAAUUGGGGCCCGUCGGAUCCCCUGCUUCGUGAACAAUACAAUAAGAAUCUCGCGAAUGAGAGUAAUUCGAUGGGCACGGGUUGCUGGGCCAAGGUCAAGAAGAAUUUUCUCAGUUGAACAGAUAUGUGAUUCAUUAGGCAGAAAAUACUGUUUAAUGCUUGCCAAAAUUGAUAUACAUUUGUAUUAUAGAUUAAGCAGAAACGAGUACACUUAUUGUAUAAAUAUAAUACUAAACUAUGUGCAUAUGCAUGUACUUGAAUCUAUGGAAAAUCGCCAGUAUAAGCUUUAAAUAAACAUGUUGCACAAGUA